GGGUAGCCAUCAAAUUGUGGGGUAACAGGCAAUAAGUGAGGUGCUGUGGGUAAAGCAGUAAACUAGAUAGAGGUGCAUGUUGUUAUCUAUGUUUUACAGAUGGGAAGACUGACUCAGAGAGGGAUCAGCACCUCCCAGCGCUCCACAGCUGGUAAGCAAUAAAAAGAGUUUGCAAAGCCAGUGCAACCUGCUGUACAAUUUGUAUCAAGACAGCGGAGGGUGUACUAUUUUGGGGAAAAAACUUCUCUCUGCAAUUGGAGAGUAGGAGCUUCAAGAAUUGAAGGGUUUUGGAUUAGAAAGAAACUACCCAGCCCUGGAGUGGGCGUAGUUGGAAGUGCUUGCCUUUUUUAGGCCCUCAUUUAUUGAAAGGCCAGUCAUAGCUCGGAUGGCUCCACCUUCCCCUCUUUCCUCCCUUUUUCCAGCAGAGCCUGAUCAAACUGAGCAGUCCCGGGCCUGGACUUCCCACCUGUUCUGACACAGCAUGAAGCCGUUGCUUCUCCAGCUCCUGCUGUUCUGCCUAGCACUGAAGUCGGUGCCUGGGAAUAUCAAGGAACGCCUUAAGAAGUAUAUCUUGGACCCCCCGCCCUGCAAAUCUGCACCAGAAAACUGUGCCCAAGUCUGUAUAUAUCAUAAAGAUUGCCAAGUAGGACUUGAGUGUUGUUCUUCCUUCUGCGGGAUAGUAUGUUCAAGGAAGAAAAAGCCAACGAGCAAGAGGUAAGAAGUUCUUAUGCCCAGUCCGACCCACAGCUUUCAUAAGAGCCCAGCAGAAGAAUCACUUACCAGCCACUAUGGUGGAGAUUCUUCUUCACCUUCUUCUUCCACCUUUUUCUCUUCCUCCUUUUUGGUUGCCAUGUUCCUGACAUUCUCCUUCUCCUUACCAAGGAUGAUUUUCAUAAAUGACCUACUUAGACGAGCUCACCCCCAUUCCCAAAGUAUGUAAUCCUCCUCUCCCUAUUACCCUUAUCCGUGUAUCUCUGACUCGACCACUCUGAACACACUCUUCCAUCCAUAGACCGAGCCCUGUCCCAGAUUCACCUUUAUCCCUAGGCCUGGGGCAGAAUAUCUGGGGCCCCAAAGCAUCAGCUGAAGUCCUAAAGCCAAACUGGUUUCCAUU